AAACGUCACAAAGAGGUUUCAUGGAGGAUUUCUAGGUGUUACAUUUUCAGACGGAUCAACACAUCAUUCUUUGGAGAGGAACUCACAGGACAUUUUAUUACAUUUCAUGUGAUACAUAUCAUUGAAAGAGGGAGAGAAGCUUCACCGUCAGUAUGCCGAACGACAAAAAAGACCUCAUCAAUCUGGACGACAUCGUCGAAGAAUGGGCCCUGGACAGAUUCAGGAAGUUCGCGACCAAGAAGCAGGCGAAGAUUCCAAAAGAAGCCCUCCAUAUGGAAAUCAACUGGAAGCUGGUAAAUUUUACUCAUUCGGAGCCGGACUAUAAGGAUGCGCAAAAGGUGGCGAAACCCAUGAGCAAGGUGCUUUUCAAAACACAUUUCACGAAUGACACGGACAAUGAGCAGAAUUACUCUUUCAAAAUGGAACGAACGACUCGUUCCACAUGUCACGUGGAGUUCGAAGAGGGUUACACUGUUGGGCAUGAGGUAAGCAUCAGUUUGAAGCUGCCGCAAGAGGUUGUGACGGCAAAUGCUGGUUUCCAUGAGGAGUUAGAGAUCACGAAGGCAGGCGGAGAGACCAAGGAAGAGGAGAUGACGUGGGCUGUGGACAGUCCCAUCCAGGUGAGCCCGAACAAACUCGUCAUCGCGGAACACGUCAUCAGCGAAGAACAGUUCAAUGCCCAGUUCGUCAUCAACACGACAAUUAAAGGGAGGGUGCAAGUGAUCUUCACAAACCUGAAUGACAAUAACUCGUUUGUGACAUCAAUCUACGGAAAGAUUGCCGACAUUUGUAAGAAGCAUAAAAACGUCUUCACUGCAAAGGAUGAAGGUUCUGUGACGACUCAAUUCAAGGGGCAGUGCAAGUUUCGUUACGCUAUUGAACAACAUAUCAAACUUACUCAGUCAGACUUGAAUGACAAAAAGUGAUAGUUAAACUCUAGAAUGACUCGUAACUGUAUGGAGAAGCAAAAGCAAUUGCGUGGGAAAGUAAAACACUUUGUUGAAGUUGCGUUAAGGAACCAAAUACAUGUGUGACCAUUAAGCAAGAUUUGAAAAAUUAGGAACCAGCCGCCGAAGUGUUUUGCUUUCUCCCCAUUUGUUUCGAUGAAAUUACCCUUUCCACGGCGACGGGGGGGGGGGGGGAGAACCGAGCCUUUAGAGAUUUGCAUAUCGCUGGGCAGGGCCGCCGAGGGGGUUACUGAUGUUAGAUUUGCAAACUAGUGGAAAGAACAUAGCAAACCAGAGGCAAACAACUGAACUCGUAAAACGUCCAUAAAAGUGGCCACAGCGAUGUGUUCAGUGCUGCUAUCUACACAUAACAUGGUUACUAAACGUCUCUAGUUUGUUCUUACUUCGUCCCGAUGAUAUGGGAUGAAAUGAACACUGUAAUAUUUCUCCACCUGUAAACUGUGAUGUCAUUAUGAGGAUGA